AUGCGUCCGGAAGUCGAGCAGGAGCUCGCCCACACGCUCCUGGUGGAGCUGCUGGCCUACCAAUUCGCCUCCCCCGUCCGAUGGAUUGAGACCCAAGAUGUCAUCCUCGCCGAGCAGCGCACCGAGCGCAUUGUCGAAAUCGGUCCCGCAGAUACCCUGGGAGGCAUGGCACGACGGACACUAGCCUCCAAGUACGAGGCCUACGAUGCCGCCACCUCAGUGCAGCGCCAGAUUCUGUGCUAUAAUAAGGACGCCAAGGAGAUCUACUACGAUGUCGACCCCGUGGAGGACGAGCCCGAGCCCACCCCGGAGGCCGCGCCUUCAGGGCCCGCAGCCCCGGCAGCCGCCCCUGCAGCGGGAGCUCCUCCCCCUCCCCCCAGUGCCGGCCCCGCGGCCGCAGUCGAAGAUGCCCCUGUCACAGCAGUCGAUGUACUGCGCACAUUGGUUGCUCAAAAGUUAAAGAAGAGCCUGGCAGAUGUGCCACUGUCAAAAGCCAUUAAGGAUCUUGUUGGAGGCAAGUCCACAUUACAGAAUGAAAUCCUGGGUGACCUGGGUAAAGAGUUCGGUUCCACACCAGAGAAGCCCGAGGAUGUCCCUCUCGACGAGCUCGGUGCCUCGAUGCAGGCCACUUUCAACGGCCAAUUGGGCAAGCAGUCCUCUUCUUUGAUCGCCAGGAUGGUCUCCGCGAAAAUGCCUGGUGGUUUCAACAUCACCGCAGUGAGGAAAUACCUGGAGACCCGCUGGGGUCUGGGAGCCGGUCGUCAAGACGGUGUCCUUCUCCUCGCGCUCACCAUGGAGCCCGCGGCUCGUUUGGGAUCCGAGGGUGAUGCCAAGGCCUACCUGGACGAUGUGGCCAACAAGUAUGCUGCUAGCGCUGGCGUCAGCCUCUCAGCCCCUACUGCCGGUGGUGACGGCGGCGGUGGCGGCGGUGGUAUGGUGAUGGACCCUGCUGCUAUCGAUGCUCUGACCAAGGACCAGCGUGCCUUGUUCAAGCAGCAGCUUGAGAUCAUUGCCCGCUACCUCAAGAUGGACCUCCGCGAGGGUGAGAAGGCUCACGUCAUCUCCCAGGAGAGCCAAAAGGCGCUGCAGGCACAGCUUGACCUGUGGCAGGUGGAGCACGGUGACUUCUACGCCUCCGGCAUUGAGCCCUCUUUCGACCAGCUGAAGGCCCGUGUCUACGACUCCUCAUGGAACUGGGCUCGUCAAGAUGCCUUGAGCAUGUACUACGAUAUCAUUUUCGGUCGUCUCCAGGUCGUCGACCGCGAGAUUGUCAGCCAGUGUAUCCGCAUCAUGAACCGCUCCAACCCCCUCCUCCUUGACUUCAUGCAGUACCACAUCGACAACUGCCCUACCGACCGUGGCGAGACCUACCAGCUGGCCAAGGAGCUUGGCCAGCAGCUCAUCGAGAACUGCCGCGAGGUGCUCGAGGUCGCCCCUGUCUACAAGGACGUUGCUGUCCCUACCGGUCCUCAAACUUCCGUCGAUGCCCGUGGAAACAUUGGCUACAAGGAGGUGCCCCGUACUAGUGCUCGCAAGCUCGAGCACUACGUUAAGCACAUGGCUGAAGGAGGCCCAAUCUCCGAGUACAGCAACCGCACCAAGGUCCAGAACGACCUCAAGCAGGUCUACAAGCUCAUCCGCAAGCAGCAUCGUCUCUCCAAGUCUUCCCAGAUCCAGUUUGACACCCUGUACAAGGAUGUUGUUCGCGCUCUCGGCAUGAACGAGAGCCAGAUCAUUCCCCAGGAGAACGGCCACGCCAAGAAGGGUGGCUCCGCCAAGCGCACCCUCAGCCACCCCGGCAAGGUUGAGACCAUUCCCUUCUUGCACUUGAAGAAGAAGACCGAGCAUGGUUGGGACUACAACAAGAAGCUCACCGGCAUCUACCUCAAUGUCAUGGAGUCCGCCGCCAAGGACGGUCUGAGCUUCCAGGGCAAGAACGUUCUCAUGACCGGUGCCGGUGCCGGUUCCAUUGGUGCCGAGGUCCUGCAGGGUCUGAUCAGCGGUGGUGCCAAGGUCGUUGUCACCACCAGUCGCUUCUCCCGUGAGGUGACCGAAUACUACCAGGGCAUGUAUGCCCGUUUCGGUGCCCGUGGCUCCCAGCUGGUUGUCGUGCCCUUCAACCAGGGCAGCAAGCAGGAUGUUGAGGCUCUGGUCGAAUACAUCUACGACACCAAGAAGGGUCUCGGCUGGGACUUGGACUUUGUCGUUCCCUUCGCCGCCAUUCCCGAGAACGGCCGUGAGAUUGACAACAUCGACUCCAAGUCUGAGUUGGCUCACCGUAUCAUGCUGACCAACCUGCUCCGUCUUCUUGGUUCCAUCAAGACCCAGAAGCAGACUCACGGCUUCGAGACUCGCCCCGCUCAGGUCAUCCUGCCUUUGUCUCCUAACCACGGAACUUUCGGUAACGACGGUCUGUACUCCGAGUCCAAGCUCGCUCUCGAGACUCUCUUCAACCGCUGGUACUCUGAGAACUGGGGCCACUACCUCACCAUCUGUGGUGCCGUCAUUGGCUGGACCCGUGGCACCGGUCUCAUGGGUGGUAACAACAUGGUCGCUGAGGGUGUUGAGAAGCUUGGUGUUCGCACUUUCUCCCAGCAGGAGAUGGCCUUCAACCUUCUCGGUCUGAUGGCCCCUGCCAUCGUCAACCUGUGCCAGCUUGACCCCGUCUUCGCCGAUCUCAACGGUGGUCUUCAGUUCAUUCCUGACCUGAAGGGCCUGAUGACCAAGCUCCGCACCGACAUCAUGGAGACCAGCGACGUUCGCCAGGCUGUCAUCAAGGAGACCGCCAUCGAGCACAAGGUCGUCAACGGCGAGGACAGUGGAGCUUUGUACAAGAAGGUUGUCGCGGAGCCCCGUGCCAACAUCAAGUUCGAGUUCCCCAACCUGCCUGAUUGGGAGGAGGAAGUCAAGCCUCUCAACGAGGGCCUCAAGGGCAUGGUCAACCUGGACAAGGUUGUCGUUGUCACCGGUUUCUCCGAAGUCGGUCCCUGGGGUAACUCCCGUACCCGUUGGGAGAUGGAGUCCCAGGGCAAGUUCUCCCUGGAGGGCUGUGUUGAGAUGGCCUGGAUUAUGGGUCUGAUCAAGCACCACAACGGUCCUCUCAAGGGCAAGGCCUACUCCGGCUGGGUUGACGCCAAGUCCGGUGACCCCGUUGACGACAAGGACAUCAAGCCCAAGUACGAGAAGCACAUCCUGGAGCACACUGGUAUCCGUCUCAUCGAGCCUGAGCUCUUCAAGGGUUACGACCCCAAGAAGAAGCAGCUGCUCCAGGAGAUCGUCAUCCAGGAGGACCUCGAGCCCUUCGAGUCUUCCAAGGAGACCGCCGAGGAGUUCAAGCGUGAGCACGGAGACAAGGCCGAGAUCUUCGAGAUCCCCGAGUCUGGCGAGUACACCGUCCGCCUUCGCAAGGGUGCCACCAUGCUCAUCCCCAAGGCACUCCAAUUCGACCGCCUUGUCGCUGGUCAGGUGCCCACUGGUUGGGACGCCAGCCGCUACGGUAUCCCCGAUGAUAUCAUCGAGCAAGUCGACCCCGUCACUCUGUACGUUCUCGUCUGUACCGCCGAGGCCAUGUUGUCUUCCGGUAUCACCGACCCCUACGAGUUCUACAAGUAUGUCCACCUUUCUGAGGUUGGUAACUGCAUUGGUUCCGGUAUCGGUGGUACCCACGCCCUGCGUGGUAUGUACAAGGACCGCUUCUUGGACAAGCCCAAGCAGAAGGAUAUCCUGCAGGAGUCUUUCAUCAACACCAUGAGCGCUUGGGUUAACAUGUUGCUUCUGUCCUCCACCGGUCCCAUCAAGACCCCCGUCGGUGCUUGCGCCACCGCUGUCGAAUCCGUUGACAUUGGUUACGAGACCAUUGUUGAAGGCAAGGCCCGUGUCUGCUUCGUUGGUGGUUUCGAUGACUUCCAGGAGGAGGGCUCUUACGAGUUCGCCAACAUGAAGGCCACCAGUAACGCCGAGGAUGAGUUCGCUCACGGCCGUACCCCUCAGGAGAUGUCUCGUCCUACCACCACCACUCGUGCUGGAUUCAUGGAGUCCCAGGGUUGCGGUAUGCAGCUGAUCAUGACUGCUCAGCUGGCCCUUGACAUGGGUGUUCCCAUUCACGGUAUCAUCGCCCUGACCACCACCGCCACUGACAAGAUCGGUCGCUCCGUUCCCGCCCCUGGCCAGGGUGUCCUGACCACCGCCCGCGAGAACCCCGGCAAGUUCCCAUCUCCCCUUCUCGACCUGAAGUACCGUCGCCGCCAAUUGGAUCUGCGCAAGAAGCAGAUCAACGAGUGGCAGGAGUCCGAGCUCCUCUACCUCCAGGAGGAGGCCGAGGCCAUGAAGGCUCAGAGCGACGAGACCUUCAACGAGUCCGAGUACUUGCAGGAGCGUGCUGCGCACAUUGAGCGCGAGGCCGUCCGCCAAGAGAAGGAUGCUCAGUACAGCCUGGGCAACAACUUCUGGAAGCAGGACUCCCGCAUCGCUCCCCUCCGUGGUGCCAUGGCCACUUGGGGUCUCACUGUUGACGAUAUUGAGGUUGCUUCCUUCCACGGUACUUCCACUGUUGCCAACGACAAGAACGAGUCCGAUGUGCUCUGCCAGCAGAUGAAGCACCUUGGACGCACCAAGGGUAAUGCACUCAUGGGUAUCUUCCAGAAGUACCUUACUGGUCACCCCAAGGGUGCUGCCGGUGCUUGGAUGUUCAACGGUUGUUUGCAGGUCCUGGACAGCGGUCUUGUCCCCGGUAACCGCAACGCCGAUAACGUUGACAAGGUCAUGGAGAAGUUCGAUUACAUCGUCUACCCCAGCCGCAGCAUCCAGACCGACGGUGUCAAGGCCUUCUCCGUCACCUCCUUCGGUUUCGGUCAGAAGGGUGCUCAGGUCAUCGGUAUCCACCCCCGUUACCUGUACGCCACUCUCGAGAAGUCCCAGUACGAGGCCUACAAGACCAAGGUCGAGGCCCGCCAGAAGAGAGCUUACCGCUACUUCCACAACGGUCUGAUCAACAACACCAUCUUCGUCGCCAAGAACAAGGCUCCUUACGAGGAUGACCUCCAGAGCAAGAUCUUCUUGAACCCUGACUACCGUGUCUCCCUUGACAAGAAGACCUCCGAGCUCAAGUACUCCUCUGCUUCCCCCGAGGCCAAGCAAUCCGAGGCCACUCGCCAGACCGUCGAGUCCCUCGCCAAGGCCAACGCCGCCGAGAACUCCAAGAUCGGCGUCGACGUCGAGCACAUCGAUUCCGUCAACAUCGACAACGAGACCUUUGUUGAGCGCAACUUCACCCAGAGUGAGCAGGACUACUGCCGCCAGGCGGCUUCCCCCCAGUCCUCGUUCGCCGGCCGCUGGAGCGCCAAGGAGGCUGUCUUCAAGUCCCUCGGUGUCAGCAGCAAGGGUGCCGGUGCCGCUCUCAAGGAGAUUGAAAUCGGUGUCGAUGCCAACGGUGCCCCCACUGUGAACCUCCAUGGUGCCGCCGCCGCUGCCGCCAAGCAAGCCGGUGUUAAGCAGGUCAGCGUCAGCAUCAGCCACAGUGACUCUCAAGCCGUCGCCGUUGCCGUGUCGCAGUUCUAA